AUGGAAAUAAUAGGGAAGGGCAAUGCUAAUAUCCUAAUCCGGUUCCCCAAUGAGAACGACGAUAAGAACGAUGAAUAUCUCUAUAGAUUUUGUAUAAGACCAUUUCAAUCAUUAGAAUCGUAUAAUUCAUAUACCAUGACGAAUCACGAAUUUAUCAAGAGGGAAUUGGUUCCAUUGUUGGGCGAAGAGUAUGUUUGUUCCUUGGAAUUAGUCUCUCUUCCCAUUUGUGAUGAUUUGAAAAGAAUUUUAGGACCAUAUUGUAAAUCAUUUAUUACUAAAAAUAUGAUACCUGCAAGUGAUUCUAUUAUGGGGUUGAAGGUUUUAAAUUUGAAGCCAAGUCGACUUUCUAUGGAUAUAUUGCAGGAAGAUCAUCAACUGAAAGUUUAUGUUGAUGCUACUGGCGACAAGAUAGUAUUAGAAGUUAAGCCUAAAUGGUUGUACAACCCCGAUACCCUGGGGUUCUGCCGAAAUUGUGUUCAUAACAGUUUUAAGAAAAGAGAGAAUAUUAAAUAUUGUAUGGCAAGCAUGGUUAAAGCUCGAACUCAUCAUCAAGUCAACAUUAUGGAUUUAUUUCAUGAGAAUACGGUGAAAUGUUUACCUGAGAUAUUCAUUGAUGAUUUGAAUAACUAUUUUCAAAAUGAUGAUAAUGUACUUAAAAGAUUAUAUUAUUUGCAGAGGAAUUUGAGUGAUAAGACGGUAUCUAUUGAAAAAAUAAAUAGUGAUGAUGAUGUGACAACUGGAUUAAUGAUUUUAAUGAUAUUGAGAGAUGUAACGGUUUUCAUUUCAUGGGAUAAACAAGAUGGUGACACUGACGGCAAUCAUAUAUCUAGUCACAUCAUUGAUUUAGAUUUAAAACCGAGAUCCAAAUGGAAACAUUGGCAGGAAACUGAGCGUUUAUUAUCGAAACAGUCCAAUAAUAAUAAUAAUAAUAAUUGUAUUUUACAUAGCAACGUGUAG